AUGAAAAUGAGAUGGUGUGCUGCUUUAAAGAAAGAGGAUGUCCUGUGCAAACCUGUGCUGUAUGUAUCUAUCUGCCUAAAUUGGCUUUACAGUUAGAACACAGACAUGGAAGUAAUGAAACCUUUGAUUGAUGAACAAAAUUCAGAUGGCAUCUCAGAUGAAGAGCAUGAAAAUAACUUCUUGCCAGUUGAGAAGCAUUAUCAGCUUGAUAAUGAAGAAGGCAUUACGUUUAUACAAACACUUAUGCACCUCCUGAAGGGAAACAUUGGAACUGGGCUUCUUGGUCUUCCGCUUGCAAUAAGAAAUGCUGGCAUUGUGGUUGGACCAAUCAGCCUGGUGUUCAUAGGAGUUAUAUCUGUUCAUUGUAUGCACAUCUUGGUACGUUGCAGCCACUCUCUCUGUCAGAGGAUGAAAAAAUCCUCACUGGGAUAUAGCGAUACAGUGAGUUAUGCCAUGGAAGUGGGGCCCCUGACUGCUCUUCAAAAACGAGCUUCUUGGGGACGGUAUAUUGUUGACUUUUUCCUAGUGAUAACACAGCUGGGAUUUUGUAGCGUUUAUGUUGUGUUCUUGGCAGAAAACGUGAAACAAGUCCAUGAAGGAUUCUUGGAAAACAAAACUGCUCCCAUAAAUAUCAGUGCCACCAGCAGUUCUUCUGAGAAAAGGAGUACUGAUUUACGAAUAUACAUGCUGUGUUUCCUGCCAUUCAUGAUCCUCCUGGUCUUCAUUCGUGACCUUAAGAGCCUGUCCUUUCUUUCAUUGCUUGCCAAUAUGUCCAUGGCUGUCAGCCUGGUGAUCAUUUAUCAGUAUAUUGUUAGAGAUAUAGUAGAUCCUCGAAAACUGCCUCCUAUGGUUGGCUGGAAGAAAUACCCACUGUUUUUUGGGACUGCAAUAUUUGCUUUUGAAGGAAUUGGUGUGGUACUCCCAUUGGAAAACAGAAUGAAGGACACCACACGUUUCCCACAGGCACUGAACAUUGGCAUGGGAAUAGUUAUGACCUUGUAUAUCUCACUAGCCACUCUAGGGUAUCUGCGCUUUGGGGAUGAAAUUAAAGGUAGCAUAACUUUAAACCUGCCACAGGAUAUUUGGUUGUAUCAGUCUGUAAAAAUUCUGUACUCCUUUGGGAUUUUUGUGACCUAUUCGAUUCAGUACUAUGUCCCUGCGGAGAUUCUCAUUCCAGCUGUCACUUCCAAAGUGGAGCAGAAAUGGAAGUUACUCAGUGAGCUUGUGGCGAGAGCAUUAUUAGUCUGCUCAACCUGUGCUGUAGCAGUUUUGAUCCCUCGCCUAGACCUCGUGAUUUCUUUUGUUGGAGCCGUCAGCAGCAGCACUCUAGCACUGAUUCUGCCACCCCUCGUUGAAAUCCUCACUUUCUACAAGGAAAACUUAAGUCUAUGGAUGAUAUUUAAAGAUGUUUUUAUAGCCGUCAUUGGAGUUGUUGGAUUUUUAACGGGGACUUACGUGACAGUUGAAGAAAUCCUUUAUCCUGCAUCCACAGUUCUAGCAAACUCAACAGAGCGCAUCUCUGCAGAUUUAAAUGCUACAAACUGGGUGACUGGUUUAAAGUAAUAACCAGGCACUGUGAACUGUUUUUUUCCUUAGCAAGAAAUCCUGGAUGGAUGGCAGACCUACGUGUGGGACAAAUUCCAAGGGAUUUUAAAUGAAUUUUUGAAAAAUAGCAUGCUGACCUUUCUCGCUUUAUUGUUUGUUCUUUACUUCGCUCCUUCCCAUCUGCUACCUGAAUGAGUCCGUUUGCUCUCGACCUCUGCUCUUCUACUUUUCACUAGUUUUCCAAAUGAAUUGAUGUCAAAAUUUAAAAUAUAUACAUGAAUAUGGAAGGGAGGUAUGAUUUUAUGUUAUUUGCAAGAAAAGAAAUGAGGAAAUCAAGAUGCCUUCCUGCCCAGAAAAGAUGGUAGUCAGUCCAUUCAUCAUAUCUAAGCACCAAGUCUACAAACUACUGUUCUCACUCCAGCUCUAUGAUGUAUAAACCUUCUCUUGGAUGCUUCUGACAGGGGGAAUUGCACCCAGUGAACCAGAGAUGCUAUAGUUUUAGAAAAAAGCAGCUGUAUUUUUUCAUUACAAUUUGAUUUUCAUUCUGGGGACUUGAAUGUUCACUGUGGAAAAGCUUUUGGGUAGUCUUUCUGGUUCCUGGGAGUUAAUACAUCUGGAGUCAGAACGUGCUAAGCAGAAUGACUAUGACCAUUAUUCGGUCCUUUCACGCUGGCUCCAAGGUGAGGGUUUUGGAAGGGCCAUGCCCUCCUUUAUUAGCAUAGCAGACCCCUGCUGGUGUGGGGUUAUGUCCCCAUGAGCAUAAGAGCUUUUUUCUUCUCUGCCAACCAUCUUAACAUUUAAGUUGAAGAAUGGACAAUACCAUAAGCUAAGGUUUAGAGGUGAAGGAUGGAUCUUUUAUUAAGACCAAAAGUUACAUACCUAGGAGUGUUCUUGCCAUCUUGCAUGAUCUGUUACUAUAUGUUCCUGUACCAUGAGCUGUUCAGCACAGCCAGACUACUGCUCCAAGAAAAUAGCAACUGUGAUGUAGUAGAGCCAUGGAGGUCUGACUGUCCAGAGCAGCCUAAAGAUCCAUUAUGUUAAAUUCUAUAUGAGAAAGGAAAGGAUGAGACACUACUUUCUAGAGUGGAGCUUGUGCCAUACAUUUGCACGUGUAUGCCGUGAGCUGUUGGUGGAAGAACUGGUAAUUCCACAGCACAGUGAGCUGGGGGCACCAGGGAGGUCUGCCUCGAAGCCUUUCCUUCUUACAGGGCACCACCUGCCUGCAGGUUGGCUGAAGAAGCAGGUUAUCUCAGAACUUGUGUUUGGCUGCUGGUACUUUAUGGUACAGUUUAUAAGAGAUGUAGGCUAUACAUGUGAAAAUAUGAUAUUUUUUAGAAAGUAAUUAUAUUUCCACUUUGGAUUUUGAAUGAAAAGUUACAAGAUGUUGUUUAUCAGAGCAGUACUACUUUCUUUAAUGAUGAAAAAACAUUCAACAACAUAAAUGACAAGUAGUUUAUUUUUGUACAUUUUGGUAACUGCUGUCCUUACACAUUUUUUACACCAUUUCUUUGUCCUUGAUUUCAACUAUACAAAUGUAUGAAAUGCUGUAUGUUUUUUACCUGAUUCUAGAAGUCUGUAGACUGUCUAUCUAUGUUUCUAUUGGAACACAGAAUAAUUAUAUUUGCAUUCUUAUGUUCUGCCUUAAAUGGGAUCUAACAUAACCUUUAUUGAUUUUUGCUUCUUUUUUUCCAUUUUGGAAUUAAAAAAAGAACAAGUUGAUAACUUGGUAAUUGGGUAGGAAAUGAGUUUUGUUCAGCAAGCCUGUGGGCUGAGUCUCCAGCCGGAAUCCUGAUUUUCAGGGUUCAUAUUUGACUUUCUGGCUUGCACUUCAUAGUUGAUUUUCACUCCAGAUGCUAAAGCUAUAUUUUUGGUCUUGUUUUCUAAAACCAGUCUAUAUUUUAUACAAUAAUAGAACUAUAUUUAUCAUACUCCUUCCUGUUACGAAGAAGAUAGAAGUUUAGGUCAUAUUUUGUUUAUCUUGAGUAUAUUCCCCAGAAAUCUACCGUUUGGUAAUCUACCAUUUGACAUUACAGUCCUAAAAUUAUAUUGUGCUAGAUAUAUCCAUAUUUGUGUUUUCUCUUCAGGAUAUUUCCCCAGUCAUCUACCCUGUGGUGACUGUGUUUGAGCGCUUUCAUCUCCAUGUAAUGAGGGCAUUUCUGAUAGGCAUUUGUUGUAGCAUGUAGUUCAAACUGCACGUAUUUGGUCAAGCAAUACUUCUAGGCAAUGCUCUUAUUAUCAUUUUAGUGUGGACAAAGUUAAAUACUUGGCAGGCACUUUAAAAGGAUGAAUCGCUGCAGGAAUGAUACUGUAGAAUUAACCUUCCAUAUGAAUGUGCUGCAGAAGAGCAAACACAGGUAGUUAGCAGAGAGGCAAAAGUAUCCAGCUUUUCUUCUUAAAGGUUUUCUAAUCUUUAAGCUGUUUUAAAAGACAUUCAACCCAGUGUUUCCAUUCAUUAUGUUUCAUAAUGAAUCUGUUGUUUACCUAAAUCAUACACUGCACACUGGUAGAAUGUAUUUCUGUGCAGCAUAUUUUACUUGACAUUAAACAGUUCUACGUGGAACAUUUUGAGUAGUACUGAUAGGAUUUAAAUGGAAGUUAUUUUUCCUGUUAGUUUUUCAUCUUACCUACCUACCUAUGUGUGUUUGGAGAAUAAAGGCCUGUCAGGUCCAUUCACAUCAUCUAUUCUGCACUGACUGUGAGCAGCUCUGAGAAAGUGCUUCUGCCAGGGUGCAGAAGGACUUGAACAGGUCAGAGUUUGAUGGUGAUUCUUUGGCUGGUGCAAGUGAAUACUUACAUGGUACUAUUAAGGAAGAUUUGCUGACCUGGGUACUUAGAACUAAACAGGUGGCCUUGAUGUCCUGGUGAACGCAGCAUAUCUUUUUGAAAGUCAGACGACUGGUUUAGAAGCUUGAUAAGUUUCAGGAAACUAAUCUUAGCCAUCAUACUUCAGAUAAUUUGGCCCAACUACAAACCUUUAUACCUCUUGCUGCUGCGUCUGAUGAGGGAGCAACCUGUCAUGAGCAGAUUUUCAGACUGAUGUGUUGCCACUGACUGGCCGGGUACAAAGUUGAGUGUUUAUGUAGUGGACCAGUGUUGCCAUGGCUAACAAUGUUGUAUCGUUUGAAUCUUUAAAAUGUUUAUUAAUGUAUUUUGCACAAUGUCGAUUUUCUCCUACAAUGUAGGAUUUUUGUUGUUUUAACAAUCAUAUAGUGCAUUUGCAUGGCCUGCUCUUUCAAAUAGAAGGAGUCAGGAAUUGGAAUAUCUUGCUUUGGAUUAGACUGAAAUGUCAUGUAGUAAAAAACUGCUAAGUCUGAAUAAUAAGGCUGUUCCUGUGAAACAUUGCCAAAGAUUUUAAAGACAGGAAAUUCUGACAGAAACCUCUGAAUAAUAAGAGUGUUCAUUCAGCUUUUAAAGUACUGUAAUAUGAAUUGCAAGGAGUGAAACUGAGAGAUUUAAUAGGUAUGGUUUACAUUAAUAUAUAUUUAAGAUAGACAUGUACUUUAGCACAAUGUAAAUUAAACUGAAAAAUGUAUGUGAUUGGUUUAUGUUCCUAACAAGGAACAGAAAGCUCUUUUAUUUAUACUUUAUAUGCACUUAUAUUUUACAAUGUAAUAUCAUUAGCAUUUUCAAUGUAAUUUAAUCAUUAGCUGCACUAUAGGUAACUGGAUCGUUUUCUUGUCUGUAAUUGUUCAUCCAAAUAUCGGGCAAGUAUGAAGAUGGGUUUGCCUAAUGUUCUGUAACUUAAAUAUUCUGUAUCAAUAAAGACUACACUAGUAUUAUCCUGCUAAUUCACUAUUACCUGCUUGUUACCACUGCUGCAUCACUGGAAGAAAUAGCAGUCUUAAUGCAGAAUCUACCUUUGUUUUUCUGAAGUUAUCUGAGGAGUGCCAAGCAAGUGACUUGAGACUGUCAGACAUGUUCAGGACUUGACUUUUAAUUGAUAACAAAUCUCAUUUUGAAAUCACGUAACCACUCUUAAAAAUCCCACAUCCACUCCAAGGUUUUUCAUGAGGGUGCACUUAAAGUUGGGCUUCUGCAUCUUUUCAGAGGAGCUUUAAUAAGUGCGUUCGUUUCUAAAUCUACAAAGGCAGCCAGGAGUUCCCACUGAAAUUCCAGUUCUGUUUGGAAAACUGCAAAGAAACAGCCAGACUUUUAAAAAUUGGACAAGCCUUUCUGUACUUGGUAUGGACUUGGCCUUAACUUUAUGUAUGGAGUGUUGGAUAAUUAGGUAUAGAAGAAGUUGAUACAAAAGGUCUGUGCUUUCUAUCUAAAUUUGAAAUUACUAAUUGGAAACAAAAGGGGCAGCAUAAGCUUUCAUAUUCUCACCUAUUAUUGUAUACAAAUUUGGAGAUUUAAUUUUCCUGAAAUGCUUGUAUUCCCCAUUUUAAUUCAAGACCCUUUGAAGAUGUGCUCAGUGAGGCAUCCAGAAACACCCAACUCAUUAUAGAGUUGCCUGUAUAAAAACAAUUUAGAAAGAAGAGGUGUACAAAUAUCUUUGAGAAUGAUUCACCAAAAGACCCCUGUUUUAUAUAUAAGAAACUUAGAGUGGUGAGAAAGUCCUCUAACACCAGCAAAGACUGUAGCUGUUAGACUGAAAAGAUGAAUUUCAGUCUCCUGGCACUUAAGAACAAUCUGAAUCCAUAUCUCCCUAAAGGAUGAGCGAAAGCACACAUAUGGCCAAAUUCCCUCUUGAGCCUAGCUAUUAGGGACAUGUACUUUUACAAGUUGACUUUCAGCAGCACUCCUGCUUCUGAAGUCCGUUUAACCUGAGUUUUCAGCUCCUAAAUUUUGUGUGUACUUAAAAUCUGUUUAUUUCUUUUAAAAAAUGGCCCUAGGCGGCUAGUUAUUUGGAACACUAAGUUCCAUUAUUUUCCUCUAAUAUGUGGAGAAAAAGUAAUUCUAAAAGGCUAGGCAGAAAUGCGUGUUAUAGCAAACACUUCACAUUUUAGAUUUAUUUUUUCUUUUAUAUCUUAGAUGUCUUAGAGACGAAACUACUAUUUCACAAGUGUAAAGCACAAAAUGAAAGUCUUUCAAACACCAGGUUAGGUAGCUGAGUCAUGGUCUUAGAGUAUCAGUAUGAACUUUUAGAAAGAAUCUAGGGCUCAAGUAAGUUGGUUAAAUGUGGGC